AUGAGUGGUUCGAAAGUUUUGCAUUUAUGGGGGCUCAAUGGAGAGCCUUCUCUAGUUUCUCCAGAAAGUAUUGCAUUAUGUUGGUUGUUGAAGGGGGGGUAUGUUGCCAGUGGAACGGUCCAGGUAGUUUAUUCGAAUAACACAGAUCUCUCGCCAACGGGUGAAUUGCCUAUAUUGAUUGAUACUUCUGCUAAGAUAACGGUUGGAUUGUAUUCGAUCAUUGAACACUUGGUUCAUGACAAUGAUGUGAAGUUACUUUCCUCUGCAUUGUUGCAGUUCAUCUCUGAAGAAUUGAAGACAUGCACCAUGUAUCAGUUAUAUUUGAAUCCAGUCAAUUAUAACGAAUACACAAGUAAGAUAUAUUCGUACCUAUUGCAUUGGCCGUUCUGGUAUAACACUCCGUUGAGUGCUAGGAGCCGUGCCAGGGAAUUAUGUCGGGAUAUUAUGGUUACAAUCCCUGAAGAUGAAGAAAAUGAAAGCACAAGCAAUCACCAAGAUGAAUUGAGUGAGAAAGCCACUGAAUUAGCUCAAUCUAAGGUAUUUAAAAUUACAAGAGAUAGCAAAAGGCAGCAAACCAAGAAACUUCAAGAACUAAAGAAUAACUCUAGGUUCACAACGAAACUGGACAACGUUCUUACAAAUUGGGAAAGUGCAAGACAAUCUUUGGCAUCAGCUGUAUUACCUGCAGAUUUAGUACUUGUAGCUCAUUUAAAGGUACAGAUGGCCUUACCUCAAGGUGACCUGUUAAGAUCGCAUUUAAGAAAUCAAUAUCCUAGUCUUUACGAUAAGGUUAACGAACUCAUAGAGAAAUAUGAUAACUCACCAGUACCAAACAGGGAUCCAACGUUUAGCGAAAGUGGGAACGUGGUAACGUCAACAUGCUAUUUUUUGAGAACGUUUGUCUAG